UUCUUGUUGCUGCUUUCAGUGAUGGCGGCUGCUUAUCUGAGAGACGAGCUGACCUGCUCUAUCUGCCUAAACAUUUAUACAUACUCUGUAACCCUGCCAUGUGGACAUAGCUACUGCCGGGUUUGUAUCGAGACUGUGAUGGACACACAGGGGGUGAGAGGAUAUUCCUGUCCUGAAUGCAGACUGACUUUUGGGGAAAAAAGUGAGCUUAAAAGAAACCAUAGACUGUGUAACAUAGUGGAGAGUUUCCUAUCUGCUCACCCAGGACAGGAGAAGGUUGGGAUCCCCUGUACUUACUGUGUUCACUCUCCUGUACCUGCUUCUAAAACAUGUCUGCACUGUGAAGCUUCUUUAUGUGAAACCCACCUGAAGGUCCACAGCAAGUCAGCAGAACAUGUCCUAACUGAACCAACCACUUCAAUAGGGAACAGAAAAUGCUCUGUCCACAAGGAAAUCCUUAAAUAUUACUGCUCUGAUGAUGCUGUCUGCAUCUGUGUGUCCUGCAGACUGGAUGGGGAGCACAAGGGACACCAGGUAGAGACUCUGACUGAGACCUCUGAGAAGAAGAAGGAGAAACUGAGAAAUAUUUUGCAGAAACUGACUUCAGAGAGAGAGGAGGCUGAGAGAAGAGUCCAGAAUCUACUGGAGCUUAGGAGAGAAGAGCAAGAAAAAGCAACUGGGGUAACAGAUGAAGUCACUGCUCUGAUUAGGGGCAUCAGGGAAGAGCUGGAAGCCCUAGAGAAGCGAGUCCUGAGUAAGAUCUCCAGGCAGCAAGAGCAGGUCUUACUCCGAGUCUCAGAUCUAAUCCGGCAGUUGGAAAUAAAGAAGGAGGAUCUGUCCAGGAAGAUGGGUCACAUUGAGGAGCUGUGUAACAUGAUGGACCCAUUAACUGUCUUACAAGAACGGGAAUCAGACAGCGCUGACUAUUGUGAUGCUGAGGAUGGAGAUAAUGAGGACAGAGAGAAACACGAAACAAAGGUCCGUGCUGUAGGGCAUCUGGACGUGGGUCUGAUCUCAGUGACCUUACACUCAGGCUUAGCUCGGAUUGUGGCCAGAGUAAAAAGACAAAGCCAUGUACCGGCUAAUAUAUUACUGGGGGUAGAAUUAGCUUCAGACAUGUUACUGGAUGUAAACACGGCUGCUAAUAAUAUAACUGUAUCAAGUGACAUGAAAACUGUAUCUGUGUCAGAAAUAAACCAGAGUCGCCCAGAAACACCAGAGAGAUUUCAGCAUUAUUCUCAGGUUUUAAGCUCCAGCAGUUUCUCGUCAGGGCGACAUUACUGGGAAGUGGAGUGCAGUGAAUCAGGGGGAUGGAUGGUAGGGAUGGCCUAUCCCAGUAUAGACAGGAAAGGGGAUCAGUCAGAGAUUGGAUAUAAUAACAAGUCCUGGGGUUUGGAGAGUUGGUGGAAUAAUAAUGAGUAUUAUGUGAUAUAUGACAGAGAAGCAGUACCAUUACUUCACCUCCCUUCCAGUCAGAGAUUACGGAUAUAUCUGGACUAUGAGGCUGGGCGGCUUUCCUUUUAUGAGCUGUGUGACCCGAUCAGACACUUAUACACCUUCACUGCCACCUUUACUGAGCCGCUCCAUGCUAUUUUUGGGGUAUAUUAUGGUAAUAACUGGCUGAGAAUUUAAUCUAUUGACUGAUUUAUUGAUUUAAUUAAAGAUAUUUAACUGAAAAUUCCAGAGUGGGAAUCAGCAGCCAGUAAUACUGAUCUGGGUGUGGACAAAACAUCACA